AUGGUCAUCAACAACAACCGUCAACACUCUUAUUUCACUACUCUUUUUAUUGUAUAUAUUUUAUUUUUUAUUUGUUUUAUUAAUAACAAUGUCGUCGACGCUAGAAUUAGUAGUAGAAGUAGUAGUAGUAGUAGUGACAGCAGUAGUAGUAGUAGUUUAUUAAAUAGUUUAGAAAGAACAGACUCUUCUUCAUCUUCAUCAUUUGAAUCACAAGAUGAUAUGUGUAGAUUUAAAGAUACAAGAACAGGAAAAUUAUUUGAUUUAACUGUACCUGGUAAAGAAACCUAUUCAAGACAUGUAAUAGAAGAUUCAUAUUGGAAGUAUAUGUAUCAUUUUAGUGUUUGUGGUCUUGUAGAUAGACAUUGUCCUGUCGAUCAAAUACCAUCACAGUCACAAUCAUGUCAAGUAUUUGAUGAUGUUCAUUCCUAUACACCUCAGCCAACUGGAUUGUUAUCAACUAGAUUGGCCAAAGUCAUUAAUGACAAGACUAUCCAAUUUCAAUACAAUGUUGAAGGUGAUAAGGGGUGUCCAAAAGGUCGUACCUCUACCUAUACAUUAGAGUGUGAUGAAACCAAAGAUACCCCUCAAUUUGAAGAUAUCCAAUGUUCGGCUCAAACUUGUCAUUAUCAAUGCUAUAUUCGUUCAUCUUAUGCUUGUCCUAUUAAACCAUCAACAAAUGUUCUUAAAAAAAAAAAAGAAUUAGUUUACUCUCAAUUGGAACCGUGGGCAGCUGGUAGUAAGACAAUUGAAUUGGUUGGAGAGUUCUCAGAGAUGGAUGAUACCGAGAUUUCAGUGGCUGGUAUGGUUUGUCAUAUCACCGAGUUUACAAAGACUCGUAUCUAUUGUACCAUUCCUAGCUAUCCAAAUAUCGAUUCUGGAAGAUACUAUGAUUUAGAGUUUCAUAAUGGACAAUAUAGUAGUAUUGUUGAAGUUUAUUUCCCAGCUUACGAUACUCCAAAACAAAAUAGAUUACUUUGUGAAAAAGAUAUUACUCUUUGUUCUGUACCAACAAUUUUAAAAUCAUCAAUUUCAAUUGUACCAUCACAAGUAAUAAGUCUUUAUGGUAAUUUUGGAACUCAAAAUGAAAUAUCAUUGGACAAUAUAGAGAUUGCUCUAAGUAAUGAAGACCAUUAUUUUGGUUGUAGAAUAACCUCUUUUAGCCAACACGAGAUUAAAUGUCGAAUUAAAACCAGUGACUAUCCAUAUAGUGGUGGUAACUUUGAUUUAUCUCUUGGCUAUGGAUCACCAGACCAUAAUGGUGCAGGUACUACCAGUCAAAUUUAUUUGGAACCAUUUCAAUUAUUAGCAAAUCGCUAA